GUGACCAGACUUUAAAAUCAGCUUUAGAGAAAAGUCUACCAGAUCAAUCCAAGGAGCUGAAUACACUUCAAGAGGAACACAGCAAGUACAUGAAUGCAGCUCGCUCUGAAUUUCAAGGGCUCUAAUUCACAGAAGAACUAGUUUUGCUCAGCACAGAUCCUCUGCCCUACGCUGGAAAUGACAGAGGCCAGCACCCUCUUCCUCCGUGCCUGCCUCACGCUGCUUGCCAUGCCCAUCUACCUACUACCAUUCCUGGGCAUCUGGGAGCCUUUCUGUAAGAAGAUAUUUUUUCCUUUCUUCUUAGAGAAGUUUUCUGCAAUUCAUGAAAGGAAAACAAAGCAGCAGGAGCUAUUUCAUAAUCUCCCUGACCUCAUGAGGCCCUCAGGAGAGCUGAAGCUGCUGGAGAUCGGGACCAGCUGCAGUGCUAACUUCCAGUUCUACCCACCAGGCUGCAGAGUCACGUGCACUGACACAAACCCCAACUUCCAGCAAGACCUUUCGAGGAGCGUGAACAAGAACCAGCUUGUCCACUAAGAGCAUUUCCUACUAGCUGUGGGAGAAGACCUGCACCAGGUGCCCAGCAGUUCUGUAGAUGCCGUCAUCUGUGCCUUUGUCCUCUGCUCUGUGUGCAGUGUGAAUGGCACCAUAAAGUACUGCGAGUGCUCAGACCAUAUACCAAUCAAGCUAAAGAUUAAAACCAGCUGUUUUGUUGGGGGAGGCGCUUUCUGUUUCUUAGAGCACGUGGCCGCUGAUCAUUCCAGCUGGAAGUACUUUUGGCAGCAGAUCUGCUGUCCGACUUGGAAACUCAUCUUUGAUGGAUGCUGCCUCAUGAGAGAGAUAUGGAAGAAUCUCGAACAGGCCAACUUCUUGGAGCUGAACUUACAACACAUAAACAUAGAGCUGCCCUGGAUGCCCGUACGGCCUCACAUCAUCAGCUAUGCUGUGAAGUAACUCACACCGCCCUGCCAAGCCUUCUCCCCUGCCCACACUGAAAUUCCUUGACAUAAUCAACACAAACAGCGUGGCAUAGACUAAUCCAGACGUCCGAAUCUAGGUAACACAGUAAAGGACUUCAAUCAAGUUUCUGAUUCAAGCACCAAAUAAGAAAAGAGGGUUAGUUUUCUAAACAUCUUUGAAGCCCUUGCGCUGCUGACUGUGCCUUGCCAGACCCCAACGCAGCCCACAGAGGAUCCCAGGAGAAGGCUGCAGGAGAAUGCAAAACAGCUCAGCA